ACGUCAGCACCACACCUCCUCCCCCAGUGAGCGGAACUCCGCUCUUGCUAUAGACACCGGGAGAGCCCGGCACGGACAGUACGGAGCAGACUCCGGCAUUGCCGGAUUAGAGUUUUAGCUGCAGCCAUGGUCUCUUUACAGUGCCGUGUCCAGUACUUGGACGACAUGGAUCCUUUCAUCUGCACCAACUUCCCGGAACCCCGGAGACCCCCAGUGUAUAAUUUUCCGGAGAGCACCCCGCUCAGCGAACAGAUACCCGCCGUGCACAAGUUGCUAGAGGCUCCCCUCAAGUUAGAAGACUGUACCCUGCAAGUGGCUACUAAUGGGAAUUACCUGGAUAUAGACCUUUCACUGGCUGAACAAAGAGAAUGUUUAGAAUCUUUCUUCGAAGACAUAAGCAAAGGAAGACGACCCACACUCAUCCUGCGAACUCAGCUGUCCGUGAGGGUUCAUUCUAUUUUAGAAAAACUAUACAAUUCCAAUGGCCCAGAGUUGAGAAGAUCUCUCUUCUCUCUCAAGCAAUUGUUCCAGGAAGACAAGGAUUUGGUACCUGAGUUUGUCAAUUCAGAAGGAUUAACCUGCUUGAUAAAAGUAGGAGCAGAAGCUGACCAGAAUUAUCAGAAUUAUAUCCUCAGAGCUCUGAGUCAGAUCAUGCUGUUUGUGGAUGGGAUGAAUGGAGUGAUAAAUCAUAACGAGACCAUCCAGUGGCUGUACACUCUCUGCGGGAGUCCGUACCGACUGGUUGUGAAAACUGCUCUCAAGCUUCUCAUAGUUUUUGUGGAAUACACAGAAUCCAAUGCUUCUCUGCUCAUUAAGGCAGUAAACACUGUAGAUCACAAUCGAGGUUCCAGUCCCUGGUCACAUUUAAUUGAAAUCCUAGAGGAGAAAAAUGGAGCUGACUCUGAGCUGCUGGUGUUUACUAUGACUCUCAUUAAUAAAACACUGGCAGCGCUUCCCGACCAGGACUCCUUUUACGACGUCACAGACUGUCUAGAACAGCAGGGAAUGGAGAAGAUCAUUCAACGCCAUAUGAUCAACAAGGGAUCUGACCCAGACCUGAAACAGCGGCUUGCAGUGUACGAGAGUGCUUUAAAACACGAGGAUGGAGAGAGCGAGGAGUCUUUAAAUGGUAGCCGUAAAGAUCGCAGGAAGCUUUCUCUUGGGGUCGAUGAGAACAGACGAGCAAGACGCUCCCUGGGAAACAGUGCAGAAGUGUGGUCAAAAAUAAACUCUCCUUCAUCCCCCACAAAGGCCCCUUCUGAAAACAUUUCUACAGUGCCGCCAUCCUUCAAGGCACCCAGCAUGCCCAUGCCAGCGGUAUGCAUUGUGCCACCUUCCCCUCCCAAGCAGCCAGCACCAGAGGAGCCUCCAUCAAGUGCUUCCCCUGCGUGUGCCGAGCCCAAAAGUGCUCAUAAGGUUCAAGAUGUCUCCAAGCCAGAUGAACAAGCCAUAUCUGGACAUGUCACUAGUUACAGCAGCACAUCUAGUUUUUCUCUUUCCAACGCCACCCCAGAGAAUGAGAAAACAGCUGCCCUCGGAGACAGGAGCAUAUUUAAACUGCACCAAACAGACCCUGUUUGGGAUGAGAAGAGUUGUAGUUUGUAUGGGGAUAAACCCAUUCUGAAAAAAUUUGAAAGCCGCUUUUUGGAGAACCUUGCUGCCACCCAGCUCGAGAAAAAAUCUGCCCUUUUCAGAGGAAGACAAGAGUUAUUGUCAGACUCUAUAUGUAGCGGCUCACCUGAAGAAAAUAUGUCUCCCAAUAACCUGGAUGAAAGAACAGGGUCUGAUACCUUCAGCAUUGAGAACAAAGGAAAGGUUGAGCUGAGCGAGAAAGAAGAGAAAAAUGAAAGUGUGAAUGAAAAGGAGCUGUGUUCAGGAUCCAGUGACUCCUCUGCCAGCAGUACGUUGGAAAGAGAGGAAAAAGGAGACAGACAGGAACCAGAACCAGCAAGUCCAAUUUGCAUUCCUCCUACAGCAAUGGAACGUAACAGCUCCAAGAAGUUUAUGCUAGACAUGCUUUAUGCCAAAAACCAAAACAACUCUGCUUUGGACACUGAAGCAGUCCCUGCAAAGAAUGAUGUAGUGAAGCCAACCAGAGAGAGGAGAGCCCCCAUGAUAAGGGCAGAAACAUAUGAGGAAAACACAAAUGUAAAGGCUACUACUGAGAACUUUUCUGAAGGACGGACAGCAGGGCUGAGAGCUCAAUACAGCAUUGAUGCAGAAACCAAUGCCAAGAAUUUAGAGAAGACACGUAUGACUCCUUUCAAGAAGCCCUCUGAAGUACUGUGGGAGCAGUCUGCUCAGCCACAAAGGGUGUUAAAAAUUAAAGACCUGGACUUCUCUGAUUUGUGUGAGGAAGAGGACUUUGAUGUUCUUGACUAUGAUGCCAGUGAAACAGUCUCACCACCACCUCCGACAAUCUUUUGUACUGCAUCUCCUCCUUCUCUUUCAGGACUGCCUAUCCCACCACCCCCGCCACCACUUCCAGGUGGUGGUCCUCCACCUCCCCCACCUAUGUGUCCUCCUCCACCACCACCUCCUAUGUGCCCUGCACCUCCACUCAGUAAAAGCCCCCUUCUUCCACCACCACCACCUGCUCCUCCAGGAUUCCAGACCAUGUCUACAGAUUCCUGUAACAGCACCCUGGUUAAAAAGAGAAAGACUGUGAAGCUUUUCUGGAAAGAACUUAAAGAGCCUGACAACACUGGCCGUGGAAAAUUUGGUCGUGGAACAUUGUGGGAAUCACUAGAUAAAGUCAAUUUGGACACUGAGAAACUGGAACAUCUGUUUGAAUCCAAAGCCAAAGAGACCAUUUCUACCAAGAAAGGGGUUGAUCUGAAGAAACAGGCACUAGUUGUUCUAGAUCCCAAGCGAAGUAACGCCAUCAACAUAGGGCUGACGGUCCUGCCCACUGUGCACAUUAUCAAGACUGCCAUCCUCAACUUUGAUGAAUACGCGAUUACCAAGGAGGGAAUUGAGAAAAUCCUCACAAUGGUUCCAACAGAAGAGGAAAGGCAGAAAAUUCAAGAGGCUCAGCUUGCCAACCCAGAUGUGCCAUUAGGGUCAGCUGAACAGUUCCUUCUCACCCUCUCAUCCAUUAGUGGGCUCACUGCAAGGCUGCAGCUCUGGGCGUUUAAACUAGACUAUGAAAGCAUGGAAAAGGAAGUUGCUGAGCCCCUGUUUGACUUAAAACUGGGAAUGGAGCAGCUGUCAAAGAACAAAACCUUUAAAGUCAUCCUGUCUGCGCUUCUGGCUGUUGGGAAUUUCUUGAAUGCAUCUAAUGCCAAAGGAUUUGACCUUAGUUACCUGGAGAAGGUUACAGAGGUGAAGGACACAGUGCACAGACAGUCCCUGCUACACCAUAUGUGUAAUAUUGUCACUGAAAAAUUCUCUGAUACCUCUGACCUGUACUCUGAAGUAGCUGCAAUCACAAGAUCAUCAAAAGUGGACUUUGAUGACCUGGCAGACAAUCUGAUACAGUUAGAGAAGAGGUGCAGGGAAUCGUGGAACAGCCUGAAGGUGAUUGCCAAACAUGAAACCAAACCUGGAUUGAAGAAUAAGAUGACUGACUUCCUGAAGAGCUGCACAGAGAAGAUCGUCAUCCUCAAAAUAGUCCACAGGAGAAUACUGAACAGGUUCCGUUCCUUUUUGCUGUACCUGGGUUACACAUAUUCAGCUGCUAGAGAUAUGAAGAUAACCCGCUUCUGCAAAAUCAUUAGUGAGUUUGCCCUAGAGUACAGAACCACACGGGAACGGGUCCUGCAGCAGAAGCAGAAGCGUGCAGCAUACAGAGAGAGGAAUAAAACGCGAGGCAGAAUGAUUACAGAGGAAUGGGUGAUUUCCAGACAUUGUUGGUAUCAACACUGCAUCAGAUUAAUGUAUUCAGGCUUUCCUGCACCAAAUGUCAUGAUUUCUUACUCUGAUCUCUUUGAAGUGAGAAGAACCCUGAAGAGUGGUUUAAGUGAUGACUUGGUGCAAGCUCUGGGAUUAUCAAAAUCUUCGGAAGUAUCUGUGUGAGCUUUCACCAUAAAGACUGUUGCAAUUUGUUCUCUGCUCCUGUAAUGGAAGCUGAAGCUAUGGCUCCCACAGACCACGUAUUACACCCCUUUGUGCAUGGAACAGGCAAAGUGGCUGCUUGGAUGUUGCCAGUGAAAGAAAAACAAUGAGAAGACAGCUAUGUAUGGUAGCUAUGCAUGAGCACCUUUACUGUCAGAGGACCGCAUCUUCUCUAAAUGAGUUUAACACUCUUUCAGAUGUUUUUAUAGCUUAGGACUUUAAUAAACAACUGGUUUUAAAAUGGAA